AUGAACCUGGACUUGCAAGGGGCCCCCUAUGGAUACACUCCGUUCUGUGCCGAUCGCGAUGACAUGGCACAAUACAGAUUCUGGGAUACAGGCUAUUGGAAGACGCACCUGGGGGAGCACAUGAAAUACCAUAUUAGCGCGCUUUAUGUGAUUGAUCUCCUUCACUUCCGUCAGUUAGCAACGGGUGAUAUUCUGCGAGGCAACUAUCACCAAUUAUCCGCUGAUCCCAAUAGUCUUGCCAAUCUAGACCAG